UCCUGGUUUUUGUAAUCUUUCUUGUCACAAUUAUCCACUCAUAAAUUCAAUUUCUGCAUAUAUGCAUAUAAUUAAGUAUUUUUUUCUAAGUUGUCAGAAGAAAACGAACAGUUGUCCGAGUUCUGCCAUAGACAGAAGAGGAGUAUAUUGCAUGUUGAAGAGACUUGGAUAAUCAUUUGUUGAUUAUAUCAUAAACCAAAUUUAGUCAGUAAUAAUUAAUCAGUGGUAGCAAGAAUUUACAGAAAAGAUGAGAGCAGCAGCAGCAGCAGCAAGUGCAAGUGUGACUCCAACGACAAAUGCGAGUGUCAGUUUGACGAACAGCAAUCACUUCAACUUCACCUCACACCGCAAGAUUUACACAUCUCUCCCUAUCUCAACAGUGAAGAACAGCCACAAGAAGAGCACAUUAGUUGUGGUGAGAGCAAUCAAGGACAGGAAGGAGACGGAGACGGAGACAGAGAAUAUGAAAGAAUAUAACAAGGAAAGCACAACAAAGCAGCAGCAACCACUGAAUUUAGAGGAUGUAAACCCUGUUGGACUUGGAAGGAAGUCAAGGCAGAUAUUCGAUGAGGUGUGGAGAAAGUUCUCAGGGUUGGGACAGAUAUCAAGAACAACACGUGCAGAUGACAAGGAAGCUCUUGAUGCAUUGCUCAUCAGGGAGGGUCCCAUGUGUGAGUUUGCUAUCCCUGGUGCCCAGAACACCACUGUUCUUGUUGUUGGUGCCACCAGUCGCAUUGGCCGCAUUGUUGUUAGGAAACUUAUGCUCAGGGGUUACACUGUUAAGGCUUUGGUGAGGAAGGCAGAUGAGGAAGUUGUGAACAUGCUUCCCAGGUCAGUGGAGAUCAUGAUAGGGGAUGUGGGAGAUCCCUCAACCCUUAAGACAGCGGUGGUGGGCUGCAACAAAAUCAUAUAUUGUGCCACUGCUCGUUCUUCCAUCACUGGAGAUCUUUUCAGAGUUGAUCACCAAGGGGUUUCUAAUCUCACCAAAGCCCUUCAGGACUACAACAACAAACUAGCUCAACUACGAGCCGGAAAAAGCAGCAAAAGCAAGCUCUUGCUUGCAAAGUUCAAAUCCGCAGAUUCAUUGAAUGGCUGGGAAGUUCGUCAAGGAACUUACUUCCAGGAUGCAGUUGCUUCGAAGUAUGAUGCAGGAAUGGAUGCUAAAUUUGAGUUCACCGAGGCCGGAGAUGCAGUUUUCUCAGGGUAUGUUUUCACUAGGGGAGGCUAUGUUGAAUUGUCAAAAAAGCUAUCACUUCCUUUGGGUUAUACUCUUGACAGGUAUGAAGGUCUAGUGCUCUCUGUUGGUGGAAAUGGAAGAUCUUAUGUUUUGAUACUCGAAGCUGGUCCUUCAGCUGACACAACUCAAAGCAAAUUGUAUUUUGCAAGAAUUAGCACCAAAGUAGGAUUUUGUAGGGUAAGAGUGCCAUUUUCUGCCUUCCGCCCUGUAAAACCAGAUGAUCUGCCAUUGGACCCAUUUCUUGUACACACAAUGACCAUCCGCUUUGAGCCCCGAAGACAGAGACCUGUUGAAGCACCUGCAGGAGCGAAGCAAGACCUGAGAAGCUUUAAGCUUAUAUUGGAAUACAUAAAAGCUUUACCUACUGGGCAAGAAACAGACUUUGUCUUGGUCUCAUGUACAGGAUUAGGAGUGGAACCCACAAGAAGGGAACAAGUUCUGAAGGCCAAGAGGGCCGGGGAAGACUCGCUGAGGAGAUCAGGACUUGGAUACACAAUCAUUCGCCCUGGUCCCCUACAGGAGGAGCCAGGUGGUCAACGUGCACUAAUAUUUGAUCAAGGAAAUAGGAUUUCUCAGGGAAUUAGUUGUGCUGAUGUGGCUGAUAUCUGCGUGAAGGCAUUGCACGAUUCGACUGCAAGAAACAAGAGCUUUGAUGUCUGUUACGAAUACGUUGCUGAGCAAGGGAGGGAGCUCUAUGAACUUGUGGCGCAUUUACCUGACAAAGCAAACAACUAUUUGACACCAGCACUAUCUGUUUUGGAGAAGAACACUUGACUGACUAUGCUUCAUGCAAGGAAAUAUCAUACUCUCUGCUACCGCCCUCGGAGAAAUUUUUUCUUGUUCGACCUCUGUUUACUUGCAAUAAAAACAUAUUCGUCCUGUUUCCUUUGCUAUGAUUCGUGUCCAUUGUAUAGUUUUCAUAGUGUAUAUUGGUGUAUAGCCUCGGAAGAUAUAGUAAACUGUAUAUUUCAGUGCAAGCUGAUGAUCUUGAUUGAAAAAGAAAAGGCAAUGCACAACAUGGUUCGUUUGAUGGGUA